AUGCAACGUGAAAAAAAAGAAAAUUUAAUAAAAAGUAAUAAUGUUAAACGAAGAAUUGAAAAUAUUGGAUCAAGGUUAUUGACAAAAAAAGAAAAUGAAGAAUUGUUAAAUCUUCUAGAUACUGAUCAGUAUGCUAUAUGUUCAGGAGUUGCUCAUGUUCUGAAAACAAAUAAACAUUUUUCUCCAGGUUGGGAAAUGAUUGGACGUGGUGUUAUUGUAUAUAUAAAAGAUUAUCAUAAAAAAUUAUAUAUUUUAAAAUUAUAUUGUUUACCAACUAAAAGAUGUAUAUGGGAACAUAUAUUAUAUACUGAUUUUAUGCCAGUUUUUGGAUUUGAAAGAAUAGAUACUUUAGAAUAUACAUGUGAUGGAGAAAUAUUUUGUAUUCAUUUUUCUCAUCAUGCUGAAGCACAAUUAUUUUAUACACUUUUUAAAAAAAAAUUUGAAAAAGAUGGUAAUUGUGAAUUGAUAAAAGAUAAUUUAAGCCAACUAUUGUCAGGACAAUUAAAUAAACCAAUUAUUAAUUCUUUAUCACAAUGUAACUUAGAAAAAGUAUAUAGUAAUAAAGAUAUUUCAAAAAUAAUUAUAAAUGAAAAAAAGAGUAAAAAAAAAUUUAAAAAAAGUGAUAUAUCAUCUCCAACUAAUUUUUCACAUCUUGUUCACAUUGGUUGGAGUAAAAAUGAAGAAAUAUCAAAUAAUAUUAAUAAUAAUAAUUAUAUAGAAAAAGAUAUAAGUCAAUCUGUAAAAGAUUUAUUAAAAGCUGCUGGCUAUGAUUAUAAAAGAAUGAAAGAGAAAGAUUUACAAUUUGCUAAAAUUUUUGUUGAAGAUUAUGAAAAAAAAGAAAAAUUAAAUAAAGUUGGAUUGAUAAAUGAUGAAGAUGCAAUAUCAACAAGACCAUUGAUAUCUAAUGAUAAAUUUGAAAAUAUUAAUUUUGAAAUGGUUUCUCCAAUUUCUAUAAAACAUCAACAAAAUAUUGUUGAGAAACUUCCACCAACACCGCCACCAUUACCAUUAUCAAUGAUAAAAAAUGAGGUAAAUAGUAAUACUAAAAAUAUAAAUAAAUUAAAUAAAUCACUUAAAAAUGAGAAUAAUUGUAAUGAUUUAAUGUCACAAAUAAAACAAGGUAAAACAUUAAAUCAUGUGGAUCGAGAAGUAAAAUCUCGUUAUUUAAAGAAUGAAAAUCAUGUAGUUGAAUUUAAUAAUAGUCUUACAGCAGCACUACGAAAUAUAAUGAAUGAAAGAAGGCAAAAAUUAUCAGAAGAAGAUAACUCAUCUUCUACAUCAUCAUCAACAGGAGAUUGGGAUUAA